CCCCCCCCCAAUCCUCAUUUUCUGCACAUCUCCUUUCAGUUUACACACACAUCUCUCUCUCUUCCAUUUGGGAAUUGAAUCCAGAAAAUUAAAGUUAAUUGAUAGAUAAUUGAUGGCCCCCAAGUCUGGCAGGGGAAAGCAGGGAGGCAAAGCCAAGGCUGAUAAGAAGAAGAAGGAAGAGAAAGUGGUUCCUAGUGUUGUUGACAUCACCGUCAUUACUCCCUAUGACACCCAUGUUGUUCUUAAGGGAAUAUCGACGGACAGGAUAGUGGAUGUGAAGAGGCUGUUAGCUUCCAAUGUCCAAACUUGUCAUUUCACCAGCUAUAGUUUGUCCCAUGAGGUGAGAGGAGCAAAGCUGAGUGAGAGGUUAGAAGUGGUUGCUCUGAAGCCAUGUUUGCUGAGAAUGGUUGAAGAGGAUUAUACGGAGGAGGCCCAAGCGCAGGCUCAUGUCCGCCGGCUACUCGACAUUGUCGCGUGCACCACGCGCUUCACCAAGUCCAAAGGCGGGAAACCUUCGUCGCCUUCCGCAAAUGACGCUCGCGCCCGGAGGCAGAAGCCGCAGCAGGCUUCAGACACCAGCCGGCCGAAUUCGCCUCCAGAUGGAGCCGUCCGGCCGUCGGGUUCCCCUUCUUCCGACGAGUCGGACAUGCUUGCAAUUCACCCGAUCCCGAAGCUUUCCGAUUUCUACGAGUUCUUGUCUCUGUCUCAUGUGCAUCCGCCAAUAAUCAGCUUGAAGAGAGUAGAAGCAAAGGAUGGCCUGGCGGAUCGAGAUGGAGAUUAUUUCCAAAUGCAGAUCAAAAUAUGCAACGGGAAGUUUCUGCAAGUGGUUGCUUCAAAAACUGGUUUUUAUCCUCCCGCAAAGCCCUAUAUGCGGGCACAUUGUUUGGUUGAUCUUCUUCAACAGCUCAGCCAAGCUUUUGCCAAAGCAUAUGAAUCAUUAAUGAAUGCCUUUGUGGAUCAUAAUAAGUUUGGUAAUCUCCCAUAUGGUUUCCGUGCGAAUACAUGGCUUAUUCCCCCAAGCCUUGUAGAUUCUGGAACAAACAUCAUUCCACUUCCCAUUGAAGAUGAGAGCUGGGGCGGUAAUGGUGGAGGCCAGGGGAGGAAUGGAGAACAUGAUUUUAGACCUUGGGCGUCAGAAUUUCACUUUCUUGCCAAUCUUCCUUGUAAAACAGAAGAAGAUAGAGUUGUUCGGGACCGUAAGGUUUUUUUGCUCCAUAAUCUUUUUGUUGAAGUCGCAAUUGUGAAAGCAGUUUCAGCAAUAAGGAAUGUCAUUGAUUCCAAUGCGGUAGCUACUUCAAAUUCUCUGAAUUCAGAUUUGGACUCAGUCUUAUUUGAGAAUCGUGUUGGGGAUUUGAGUAUCACUGUGAAAAAAGAUGCUACAGAUGCUAGUUGUAAAGGAGUAAAAAUUAUUGGCAUUAAAAGCUUCAAUGAAUCUGCUGAAGAAUUUUCUCAAAGAAAUUUACUCAAAGGAGUAACUGCAGAUGAAAGUGUUGUUGCACAUGACACGUUAUUACUGGGUGUGGUUACUGUAAGGCACUGUGGUUGCACUGCAACUGUGAAAGUUGUGGGUGAUUCUGCUGGCGAGGUAGGGAGCCUGUUAAAAGAUAUUGCAAUUGAUGACCAACCAGACGGGGGAGCAAAUGCACUCAACAUAAACAGCCUACGUUAUCCCCUUUCUAAUCCGAGAGCCCUUGAAUGCUCUGUUAGAAGUCAAUCUUGUGAUGAUAAAUCUGGUGACGAGUCUUCUAGAUUCCUCAUUCAUGAGAUUAUCAAAGAUAGUUUGAUAAAGUUGCAAGCCAAACCUGGUACUUUGACACGAUCAUUCAGAUGGGAGCUUGGAUCUUGCUGGAUGCAGCAUUUACAAAAGCAGGAGACUACAAAGGAAAAGAAUCCCAAGAAUGUAGGGAAAGAUUGCAAGGAUGAGCCAGUUAUCAAAGGAUUAGGGAAGCAGUUUAAAAUGUUAAGAAAGAGGGAAAGCAAAUAUUCGAAUUGUGGUGUGUUAGAGGUAAAUGAAGCCAGUAGUGAUCCAACUGGUACUCUGAAUGUGGAAUGUAUCUUAGCAGAGCAAACCAAUGCUGAUUCCAGCUCAAAGGCCGAUUUAUUGAAAUAUAUUUCCGAAGAAGCAUAUCUCCGUCUCAAAGAGAGCGGAACGAGUCUUCAUUUAAAGCCACUAGAUGAUAUUGUCAAGAUGGCAGAGGAAUAUUACAAUGAAAUUGCUCUCCCUAAGUUGGUGGCAGACUUUGCCUCUUUGGAGCUCUCACCUGUUGAUGGUCGAACACUAACAGAUUUCAUGCACCUAAGAGGAUUACAAAUGUCUUCUUUGGGAAGAGUGGUUGAGCUUGCUCAAAAGCUUCCACACAUACAGUCACUUUGUGUUCAUGAGAUGGUCACUCGUGCUUUUAAGUACAUUAUUAGGGCUGUUAUUGCUUCCACUAGUGACACAGCAUACUUACGAUCUGCAAUUGCGUCCUCUCUGAAUGUUUUACUUGGUUCCGAUACACCUGAGGAUAAUUUUGAGAAAAUGAACAAUGAUCAAAUUCUCAAGUUCCAGUGGUUACGUGAAUUUCUAUUGAAAAGGUUUAGUUGGAAUUUGGGAGAUGAAUUCAAGCACCUAAGAAAAUUGUCAAUUCUUCGUGGACUCUGUCACAAGGUUGGGAUUGAGUUGAUUCCAAGAGAUUAUGACUUGGAAAGCCCAAACCCUUUUUGUGAAGCUGAUGUCAUCAGUUUAGUGCCUUUGUGUAAACAUGUUGUAUGCUCUUCUGCUGAUGGUCGUACUUUACUCGAGUCUUCUAAAAUUGCCCUUGACAAGGGGAAGCUGGAAGAUGCACUAAAAUUUGGGACCAAGGCCUUAACAAAAAUGAUUGCUGUAUGCGGUCCAUAUCAUCGCACAAUAGCAAGUGCAUAUAGCUUACUGGCAGUUGUCCUAUAUCACACUGGAGACUUCAAUCAGGCAACUGUAUAUCAGCAGAAGGCGUUGGAUAUUAAUGAGAGGGAGUUAGGGCUUGAUCACCCAGACACGAUGAAAAGCUAUGGUGAUCUCUCGGUUUUCUACUAUCGCCUUCAACAUAUUGAACUUGCCCUGAAAUAUGUCAACCGAGCUCUGUUUCUGCUUCAUUUUACGUGUGGUCUAUCACAUCCAAACACAGCUGCUACCUACAUAAAUGUGGCCAUGAUGGAAGAGGGCAUGGGAAAUGCACAAAUUGCACUCAGAUAUUUGCACGAAGCACUUAAGUGCAACAAGAGAUUACUUGGACCGGAUCAUAUUCAGACUGCUGCUAGUUAUCAUGCCAUAGCCAUCGCUCUUUCACUUAUGGAAGCGUAUUCUUUGAGUGUGCAACAUGAGCAAACUACACUUCAAAUUCUUAAAGCUAAGCUUGGACCUGAAGAUCUCCGAACUCAGGAUGCUGCUGCUUGGCUUGAAUACUUUGAAUCAAAAGCGCUAGAGCAGCAAGAGGCAGCACGCUGUGGAACACCCAAACCAGAUGCUUCCAUUGCUAGCAAAGGACACCUAAGUGUAUCAGACCUUCUGGAUUACAUAAAUCCGGAUAAAGAUCUAAAGGCUUUUGAUUUGCACCGUAAACCGCGUUCAAAGGUGUAUCCAGUCCCUGAAAAUUCUCAGAAAGGAUCCUAUGAUGGAACAGGUGACAACACUAUGAGGGAAGACAGUGCCGGAAUCAGUGUAUCUGUAAACGUUGUUGAAUAUGAGAAGGAUUACAUUUGUUCUUCUCAAGAAGACAAGGCUCCUUCUAGAUCAAUCAAUGAUAAACAGGUUGUCGAAAUACCUGCUCUGGAAACUAGUUCAGAUCAGGAGUGGCAAGAAGCAAAUGCAAAAGGUCGCUUUGGUCAUUCCUCUGCCAAAAAUAACAUCAGUAAGAGGCGGAAUCUAGGGAGGAUAAAAACAGACAGCAUUAUUGAAGUACCUGUUCUGGAAACUAGCCCAGAUGAUGGAUGGCAAGAAGCUAACGUGAAAGGACGAAAUAGUCAUUCCACUUCCAAAAAUUGCAUCCAUACAAGGCUGAAUCAAGCCAAGAAAAAAAUAGGUUAUGCUAAUUCUUCUUCUAGGGACAGAAUGUCCAGGAAAGAGGUUAUUUCUCAGGGGCGCAAUGGGAUGUAUAAAAAAGUUUCUUCUGAAUUCGCUUCUGGUAGUUCAAGCAAAAUCUCAACUCGAGUAGCAGUUCCAAAAGGUUCCUUAUCAACUGCUACUGUUCCCUCCCCUUCUGCCAAUCUCAAAACUAUAUCCUCUAAUUCACUGUCGUAUAAAGAUGUAGCAGUUGCCCCACCAGGUAUGGUCCUGAAGCCCGUACCGAUAGAAGUUGAAGAAUUAAGUCAAGAUAAUUCUGAGUCACUGAUUGCUGAUAGUCAGCCCGAGACAUCGGCAGAGGAUGGAAGGCUCACAGAAAGAGUGGAUGACACUCUUGGCCAUGCUGUUGAUCAUGGGCACACAGUGACUGUGGAGGACACAUGUAGCGAUCUUGAUAACAAAGAAGUUCAAACAACUGGGGCUAUGUCUGAGAGCUCAUCAAGUGAGAUUGAAGACGUUUCAUCUCCAUGUACUGAGGAAAAGUCAGUGGAGGCUAAUGGGAGCAAGCUUUCUGCAUCUGCUGAACCAUUCAAUCCAGGUGCCUAUGCUGUCACGCAUUUGCUAAACCGUGCUGCUGUUGCUAGUGCCUACGAUGAAUUUUCCAGGCACAGUGUGUUUUUCGAGACAGUGGGGUUUCCAUCAAUUGCGGCAAGAGUCCCCUGUGGUCCAAGAUCUCCAAUGUACUACAGGUCUAGCUUCUCCCGCAUUAAAUAUGCGUACCCCAAGUAUCUGGUAUCUUCCGGUGAAGGAGAUGUAUUUGGCCUGCCUAGAGGUAUGAAUCCACAUGCUCCUGAGUUUGUUCCAAAAAAGGCAUGGAGAGUUCGUUCCACCUCGGAAGAUUCUAAACGCAACCCCCGUGCUUCAGAUUCUUUUGUGGAGAAGUCCAGUGUUGAUGCUAAAAACAGCAAGCCUUCAAAAGCUGCUGCCGAUGCUGAAAGGACAGAACUAGCCAGGCAGAUACUACUUAGCUUCAUUGUGAAGUCCGUGCAGCACAGUUCAGAUGCCCCAACAGAAACUCCUGUAGUUAAGGAAUCGGAACUUCCCACAAACUCAGCCGAAGCUAUUGCAAAUGAUAGUGCCAUAAUAAAGAUACAAUAUGGGAAGGAGAAAGAGAACACUGCACAGUUAACAGAAACAAUGAACAAUGAGGGCUUAAAAACUGUUGAUUUGAAUGGUAGUGGCAAUGGUGAUUCUGAAGGUUUUGUGGCAGUCACCAAGCGGAGAAGAAACCGAUCAAAGAUCAGCAAUGGAAUCGGGGUAUUGUACAGCCAGCCAUCUAUUUGUGCUUCAGUGCGCUGAAUGUGAAGCUUCGUUUCGGUAUUUUCUUGGCUUGCAGCACAUCUUCAGGAGAGCUGUUUUGAUAUUCUUCAAAUUGAGAGUAGAGAUAGAGAGAUGUCCGUAGGAAACUCUAUGAAUAAGGACUUGGAUUAAUAUAUUUUCUAAGUUUUGUUGCCUGUGUAGCCAAGAUUUUUCUCUUCAAAUAAUAAAUGGGUCUUUCCAUCUUUUGACCAUUCUUUUCUUAAACUCAUCCUCUUCAUUUGUCGAAACCCAAUGGUUCAUACUUACAUAGUUGAAGACGUUGAACCAUAACAUAGGGUUCCCAGGCUAUUAUGUUCUAUGAAUAGACUAAAUAUGUAUUCUUUUU